AUGGGGAAGACUGUGGGCCUAGACUUGAUGUACGAGAAGGUUCGGAGAUGCCUGGAAGAUGAGCAAGUAAGAAGUAUUGGGUUGUAUGGAAUUGGGGGUGUUGGAAAAACGACCCUCUUGCAGAAAAUCAAUAAUGAGUAUUUUGGUAAAAGAAACGAUUUUGAUGCAGUGAUAUGGAUAGUGGUGUCGAAACCAAUCAGUAUAGAAAAAAUUCAAGAAGUGAUUCUGAAGAAAUUAUCGACCCCAGAGCACCAAUGGAAGAGUAGUAGCAAGGAGGAGAAGACUGCAGAAAUAUUCAAGUUGUUGAAAGCCAAAAACUUUGUGAUAUUGCUUGAUGAUAUGUGGGAGCGACUCGAUCUCUUGGAGGUGGGGAUCCCUCAUUUGAGUGAUCAAACGAAGUCCAGAAUAGUACUCACUACGCGAUCUGAACGAGUAUGCGAUGCAAUGGAAGUCCAUGAGAGGAUGAGGGUAGAAUGUUUGACACCGGGUGAAGCAUUUUCUCUGUUCUGUGAUAAGGUUGGUGAGAAUAUCCUGAAUUCACAUCCGGAUAUAAAAAGGCUUGCUAAGAUUGUUGCUGAAGAAUGUAAUUUCGAAAGAAAGACUCAUAGAACUUUGGAUCGGGGAGGGGUUUCUGAACAAAUUUGCUGA